UGCCAAACCAUUUCUGCCUCCCCUCGCGCCCUCUCUCUCUCUCGCCCUCAGUCCUUCGCAGCGCCCUCACAAUGCCUGUGCCAGUCGGAUCCAUGCCUCAGGGCGCCCAUGGCCCCUCCACGCUUGACAAGCUCAAGAUGGGCGGCAUGAUGGGUGGAUCGGUCGGUCUGAUCAUUGGCUUCAUCUUUGGAUUUACCAACAUUGUUCGAUUCGGCCCAGGACCAAAUGGAAUGCUAAGAACACUCGGUCAAUACAUGAUGGGUUCAGCCGCGACCUUUGGCUUCUUCAUGGCCAUUGGCACCACCAUCCGCACAGAAAGUUCCCCGCUUGCUACACAGGCUUUCAACAGCGCCAACCGCAGACCUAUGAUCCUUCCCAGGAGUUUCCAAUACCCACGCGUCGCUCGCAAUGAGAAGAACUAGAUUUUGGAUUGCUCGCAACAUCCGGGGCAGAUGCUGGAAUAUUUCACAGUUGUAGAAACAACUACAAUUGGAGAUGAAAAUUACAUAGGCGUGUAUGAUAAGUAGCAAAGCUGCUCUUGACAGUGCAGCCAAAAUGGAGUAACCGUAAAGGUUCACAUAUAGAAGGUUUGUCUGGCACUGGCUUCACAGUUAGCGUUCACCGUGAACCUAAAGAAUAUCACUGCGCUGUAGACCCUUGGCUCACUCACCACUGCAUCUGGACAUGUAUCUUACGCCACGCCUCUCGUUUGUACGUUGCACUGGCUCUCCUCUUACCCUAAAACAAUCGCUGCAAAAGCC